ACAAUCAAAGAACUACAUGAUAAACUAGUCUUUCUUUUAUACAAGUACGUAUAGGCACUACGGAAUUACCAUCCUAAGUUUUAAAUUAAAUUUGUUCCAUUUCAGCUUCUGCUUAUGAAAAGAGGCGGCCAGCUCAUAUACAGUGGUUCGGUAGGUCCACUCUCUAGCAACAUGAUAAAGUAUUUUGAGGCCAUACCAGGCGUUCCUAAAAUAAACAAGGGACAAAACCCAGCAACAUGGAUGUUAGACAUCAGUUCACACAUAACAGAAUAUGAAAUUGGAGUGGACUAUGCAGAAAUUUUUUGCAAUUCCUACCUGUACAGGGAGAACAGGGUUCUAAUUGAUGAAUUGGAACAACCAGAACCAAACACAGAUGCUCUGUAUUUUCCUCAGGGUUAUUGGCAAAACUUUACGACACAAUGUGUGGCAUGUUUGUGGAAGCAAAGUUGUGCAUACUCGAAAAACUCAGAAAACAAUGUUGUCCGGUUCAUUAACACUUUUGCUGUUUCAAUCAUGUUUGGAAUUGUAUUCUGGAAAAUUGGCUCAAGCAUGUAAUCGGAUUAUUAUUAUCUUUCAUGACUAUUAAAUUAUUUUUUUAUGCCCCAAUCAAGAUCUAACAUGUAUUUCUUUGUGCAACAGCAAGGAUGAGCAAGACGUAUUCAACAUACUUGGAAUCGUAUAUGGAUCGGCAUUGUUCCUGGGUUUCAUGAAUUGCAGCAUCCUACAGCCGGUGGUGGCAAUGGAGAGAGUUGUGCUCUACCGUGAAAAGG